AUGAGGGCUCUGCUGGGAGGCAUGUUCUCUGCGCAGCCACCUGGACCCCCGCCACCCCCGCGGGGGCUUCUUCAGGCCACACCAGGCAUUUCAAGAACUUCUCACAGUACCUUGGUGGAUGAGUUGGAGUCAUCUUUUGAGCCUUGUUUUGCUUCUCUGGUAGUCAAUAGUACAGAUUAGGAAGAAAUUCCAACUGGUGUUGAUCAGUGUAUCCAGAAAUUUCUAGAUAUUGUGAGACAGACAGUAUGUUUUUUCCUACCAAAAAGAUUGCAGUUACCUGUUCAGAAACCAGAGCAAGUUAUCAAAGAGGAUGUCUCGGAACUGAGGAAUGAAUUACAGCGAAAGGAUGUUCUGGUUCAGAAGCACUUAAAAAAACGGAGACAUUGGCAACAGGUGCUGGAGGACAUCAACAUGCAGCCCAAAAAGCCAGCCGACAUCCCUCAGGGUUCCCUGGCCUACCUCGAGCAGGCGUCUGCAAAUAUCCCUGCACCGAUGAAGCAAACCUGA